CAACCCUGACGUGGUGGCAAUUCAAUCUAACUCUGGAAUAGAACAAUUUUACGUCGCGGACGGUGGCAAAAAAAUUAAAACAAAAUUAAAAUUGGGCACACUACGCGUCAAAAUUUUUAUUCAGCUAGGGGAGCAAUAUUGUUGUUCCUAGCUCCAAUAGUUCCAUCUAGUGAAGGUUGUCUUUGAAAUAAUUCGUUCCACAAGGAAACAAUCUUCAAAAUGGAUAUGUGUUUAUUGUGUUUGGAGCUAAAAGGAGAACCCAUGGACGGGAUUAGAGCAACAUCCAAACAAUGGCAAGAGGACAACAUAGAAUUAAUAUUGGAAAAACACUUUUGGUCUCUUAAAUCGAUAACAUCCACAUCAUGGCUUUGUAAUACAUGCUGGAAAACCGUGUACGACUUUCAUAAAUUCUAUUUGCAUAUAGAAUAUGUACAUACAUAUUUCGUUUCUGCACUAAAAACUGAGGUAUUGGAGGCCUCGGAACAACCUGGGCCUUUUGUUACAAAUAAUUGGGAUUCCUCAAAAGACGAAACAGAAGUUACUACGAAGGUAACCAAUCUUUAUCCGGAAAUAAAAACUGAGAUUUUAAUUGAAGAAGAACCGCCCAUAAGUAUUGAUAAUGAAAUUUCUUCCAAAUCUGAUGUGACCACUGAAGAUCCAUUGGAAAAAAUCUUUCCAAAGCACAAGAAAACGUCUCGAAAGGUCACCAAAGCAAAUGAUGGGGGAGAUAAUGAUUCUUUAACAACAAAUGAAAACGACAUACCCAGUGCGAAGGAUGGUGCUUCUAGUCCUGCAAUGAUAUUUGAUGAAGUACAAGGUUCCGCCGCCUCAGACAGCGAAAUUGAAACUGAUGACAAUGAUACAUCCCAAAAAUCAGGAGAAUGGAAACCAAGUUUGAAUCAUUUUAAUAAACCACGUACUAACCGAAAAGAAGUUAAUGAAUUUCUUGCAAAACAUUACAAAAUCACCUGUGCUAUUUGCCAAGCCCCAAUGCAAACAUUCUAUGAACUAUGUAAACAUUUCAAUAAAGAACACAAUGAACCUGGCUAUGCAGUGUGCUGCAAUAAGAAAUUCUUUAAAUGUUGUUAUUUAGUGGAUCACAUACAUUGUCAUCUUAAUCCGGAUUAUUUUAAAUGCCAACUUUGUGGCAAAGUAAUAGCUAAUCGCCGUUGCCUAGAAUUGCAUAUGAAGACACACCAGAUUCAAGAUAAAACUUUUAUAUGUGAUAUAUGUCAGAAGGGCUUCUCUAAAAAAGCCGGCCUGAAGGCACACAAGCUGAUACAUCUAUCCGACGAGGAAAAGAAAUUCUCGUGCGACCAGUGUGGAAAACUGUUUGGCAAUAAUAAUUUAUUAGCCUAUCAUGUCGGAGUUGUGCACUUAAACAAGUAUGCCCUGGUAUGUGAUGUUUGCGGGGAAAAAAUGCGAAGAAAAGACGUUUUCGAACGUCAUAUGAUGAAGCACAUAGGUGUGCCGAUACCCACCAUAGCAUGUGAUGUUUGUGGCCUAAAAGUGACGGGGCAGAUAGGUCUUAAACGACACAAAGAGUCUCAACACCCGGAGGGUGGAAAGCAACAAUUUCCCUGUUAUAUAUGUUCCAAAAUUUCGCCAACGCUCAGGGCCCAUAAAAAGCAUGUUAAAGAUAAACACGAAUUGGGUUUUGACUUUAAGUGUACGCUGUGUGAGAAAGCCUAUAAGAGAGCGAGUACCUUAAAGGAACACAUGGCUACACAUACAGGCACUAUCUUGUAUACGUGUCCAUAUUGUCCGAAAACUUUCAACUCGAAUGCCAAUAUGCACAGUCAUCGUAAAAAGGCUCAUCCCAAAGAAUGGGAAGAAGAUUGCCGUGCCAAAUAUUCGGGCAAUUUACCACCAAAAUACAAAUUAGAAAAAACAAAUGAACCAAAUGAUGAACAAAAUGAUAAUAUAGCAACAAGUGCGUGGUAUUACAUGUGGGAAAAACAAAUGUAACAAAUGAUAAUAUAGCAACAAGUAAAUGGUA